CCAAUGUUUCCGACACGGGCGCUAUUUGCGCGAUCCGUCUGGAAGGGCCCCAAUAUCGUCCCCCUCCCCAUCGUGCGGCCAAAGCCGGGCGAACGAGUACCUCCGAUCAAAACACAGGCGCGAUCGGCGACAAUACUACCUAAUUUUGUCGGUCUGAAGUUCCAAGUCCACAAUGGGAAGAACUAUUUGGACAUCACGAUAACAGAAGAUAUGGUUGGACACAAGCUGGGGGAAUUUGCACCAACUAGGAAGAACUUCACGUAUAAACAGACAAAAAACAAGUGAAUGGGCUGGGUUGUUCUUGUAUCAAGAGGAGUUUGGGUAUCAUUGCGAGGUUUUCUAUAGCCUCAUCUGUACUACUACUACACAAAUACGAUAU